AUGGGGGCACUCAUCCAUUCUAGUUAAUUGAAAUCAUAGAUUGAAUAUUUAGAUGAGGAUAAUACAAUUACAGUUAAUGUACCUAAGACAUUCUAAUAUUAUCCUAAACUCUGUUAGUAUGAUGAUGAAAUUGAUGACAUAAAUUUAGGAAUUAAUGAAAUAGAAGUUAAUAAGUAGUGUUUUAUAUUCUUUCAAACCACCAUAAAGGAAGAGUAACUCAAUGACAUAGAUGAUAGCAGAGAAACUCCUUCUUGGAAUACUCCUCAAGUUUCUAAUAAGCCAGAGUAUAUUUAGAAUCCUAGAAUGAAAUCACCACAAAAAAAAUCUAAAUCGAAGAAAAAAUAAAGAAGCAGAAUUUCUUAAAGAAUAAAUUUGGAAGACAUAUUUUGA